AUGUCAAAUAAAGAAAACAUUAAUAGUAAAACAUUUGAAAAACAGCCAGAAAGGACUGUUAGUUCAUCAGAUGAUAUUGCUCAAAUUAUUGGCAUACUGAAUAAUAAAAUUUCAAAAAAUGAAUCAACAGAAUUCGUUGAACAAAUAAAGAAAGCUGAUGAAAUGCUUGAUGAUUCUUCGUUAUCUCAUUCCGAAAUUCAUCCUGAAGCAGUUUACGUGAGCAGACUAUUCGAUCCUCUAAAUAUCAGGGCUGCCAAUAUGCAGUCUAAUCAUUCGGGCCAUUCAGAUAACCGAGAUGAAGAAAAGAGUAUUGAAAGCUUAAUAAUAACGGAUUCAUUUGGUGUUGUUACAGAUUUUAUUGUUAAGGCCAAAGAUUCUGCGUUAGAUGAUAACUGA